CCGGUGCGUGAAAUACAUCCGGGGUCGUAAAGUGCGUGUAUCCGCUCUGAGGGGCAGCGCUCCGGCUUAUUUCCCUGAUUCAUCCCCUGAUUUCCUUUGUGGCCGUCGAGUCAGUCUUAACAGACCUUUUACUGGCUGGAAGUUGAGUGGACUGCAGCCAUGCGCCUGGUUCUGUUGGUCGCCGUGACCGUGCUGUCUCUGAGCCCGGCGGCGGUCAGCGGAGCCGAGAAGAAGAAGCUGCAGAUCGGGAUCAAGAAGCGGGUGGACAACUGCCCCAUGAAGUCCCGCAAAGGAGACGUGCUGAACAUGCACUACACGGGCAAGCUGGAGGAUGGCACCGAGUUCGACAGCAGCAUUCCCCGCGACAGACCCUUCACCUUCACCCUGGGCACCGGUCAGGUGAUCAAAGGCUGGGACCAGGGUCUGCUGGGUAUGUGCGAGGGCGAGAAGAGGAAGCUGGUCAUCCCCGCCGAGCUGGGCUACGGAGACCGGGGAGCUCCCCCGAAGAUUCCCGGAGGAGCGACGCUGAUCUUCGAAGUGGAGCUGCUCAGCAUCGAGAGGAGAUCCGACCUUUGAUGAAGAGGACGUGUUAACGAAGGCUGUUUUCAAAACGUUCCAGCAGCUGCUGCAGCAUUAUGUGGAGAUACCUGACCUCUGAUGAAGACACAUGGAGCAACCCCACGGCAGAGCUGCUGUCCUCCUUUUUUACUGGUUUUUAAACUGGCUGUUAUACUCUGAUUAGUUGAACUGAUGAUAUAAUAUGAUAGAAGAACUGACUGUCUUUACUAAACAUUGGUAGAAUUGACAGCGAGCAGCUAGGACCAGUAUUUGGCAGUAUUUGACUAUAUGAGCGUCAUACCCUGCCGUUUAAUCUCUAAUAUGUUUUUUAAAUCUUCAGAGUACAUUGUUAAGUGUGAAAUCAGGCAGGGGCAGCUCAUAAUAAAUAUUUUUGUUUACUUUUGAAUAUGGAAUUAUGAUAAUAAAAUGUUGCCCUUACUGGAAACUUUUGCACUCUGGGCUGACUUUGUUGGACAAUUUAGUGUUGCUUCACUCAUCUUCUCUUUUUCUAAGUUUGCAGUCGCUUUCAGACCUCUGCUUGUCUUGUCUCUAGUUUCAUAUUUUGUGAAUACUGUGUAAAUAAAGCCAGAUUUCUAGCA